AUGGAUGAAGUAGUUUCAGUCGCUGUUUGUAUUAUGGUUCAUAAAAUUAUGCCACGAUGGAUUAAAUUUCGUAAAAAAAUCCAGACACAAAAUAAGAAAAGUUUGGACGUAACAAACAUGAAUGAAUGUAAAGUAGCAAUCAAUGACGGAACAGAGACAAGACGUUAUGUCAGAAUUCAAGUUAUUGGUAAAGAUGGAGUUGGCAAGUCAAGUCUUGUACGUGGAUUAGUUGGAGAUAUUGAUACAAAUUUGAACAGCACGGAUGGAAUCGAUAUCAUUAAGAAAUGUCAAAUAAGAAUGACUGAUGGUGAAUGGGUUAUUGGAAAAGUUGAAACAGAGAGGACGAAAAUAAUCAAAAGGUUACAAGAGGGUCUAAACAAAGAACAAAAACCAAGCGAAUCAGUUUCUGUUCAAGUAAUUACAUCCGACGAGAUGACCAACAAGAAAGAAAUAAUUUCGUCUAAAGAACCGCUGACUGAAGUUGAAAGAAAACAAGAACACCACCCUCCGACUGUUUUAUUCGACAAACCAUCAACAAGUGAAAACAAAGUGAACAUAAUGAACACUAUAACCUCGGUUGCAGAAAAAUCAAAUAUUGACAAAGCUUUGAAAGAUAAUGAUGUCUUUCCUACUAAUGAUAUUAAAAAAUCCGGAGAAUUCAUAAAAAUUGAUGAUAUGAGGGAAAAUAUUUUCGAACAAAUGGUUGAAAUUCUUGCAAAAGUUAAGGUAGAUCAAAACAGAAUGACAUCUGAGAGUUUGGUAGAAUGUGGUAUUUGGGAUUUUGCAGGUCAGAAAGACUAUUAUGCCACACAUCAGACGUUUUUAAAUCCACAUGCUAUUUAUCUUCUUGUUACAAAUAUAUCUGAAGACAUAUUAUCUACAGAAGAUGAUACCAACUUUGAUUCAAUUGAAGAAUACAUUGACUUCUGGUUUGACAGUAUUCACUGUCUACGUACAAAUUCAUCAGGACAUGGAUUAUACCCACCUGUCAUUGUAGUGUGCACUCAUAUUGACGAGUAUAAGACGAAUAAAGAGAUUGAAGAUAGGAAAAAAAAAUAUAUCGAAAGAUUUAAAGAAGUUUUUGGAAAGCAAGAUAAAGUUAAUCACAAUAGAGGCAUUUUCUUUAUUUCUAACACAGAAUUUCUUAAUAGCGACUAUAAAAAAUUGAAAGACAAAGUCUCUGAUGUUGCGAAAGAGAUGAUGUAUUUUGCCGAUGAACUUCCUAUGCGGUGGAUUGAACUUGAAAAUGCAUUAAGCGUGUUGAAAGACGACUCAAAACAGAAUAUAUUGUCAUGGCAGACCUGUGUGAAAUUAGCCGAAAUAGUUACAAUCAAAGAAAAAGAACUUCUUCCUUUCCUUACUUACCAGCAUAAAAUUGGAAACAUUAUUUUUUUCGCGGACAUAAAGGAUUAUAUAAUUUUACAGCCAGAUUGGUUAGUUCAGUGUUUCAGGUGUCUGGUAUGCGAUAACCAUGAACUAAAAAGAAAUAUUGAAAUAGUAAAGUUAACUGACUGGCACAAUCUGGAAAAGACAGGACAAUUAUCUGAUAACAUUAUUGAUAGGUUUUUUGAAAAAGAACCUGACUUAGAGUUUGGAAAAUAUAAAACUCACAUACUUAAUGUGAUGGAAAAAUUUGAUAUUAUAGUGAAACCCAAGUUUACAGCUUCCAACAACGAUUCAAGUCUGAUACAAUAUUCAUACUAUAUGCCAUGCAUGAUUACCACGCAGUCGGCUUCUCUCGAUAUAAUUAAGAAAAUUUUCGGAAAAAUUAGGUCUUCGCCAUGGUUAAUACUUGAAUUUGAAUUUCUCCCCCUUGCUUAUUUCAAUCAUAUUUUAUUUUAUUAUAUUAAAAGAUAUACGGUAUCUGAAGAUAAAGAGAGUCGAAAAACUUUAUAUAGAGGAAAAGCAUUGGUAAAUUUAGAUAAAACUGAAUCAAGAAAGUUAUUGAUCUGUUUCUCAAAGAAUGUUAUAGCCUUACAGGUAUGGUUAUUAGCUGAUGUCAAGUUUACCCGAUACGACAUUAUUGUUAAAGAACUAUGUAAAACAAUUGAAGAGUUGCAGAGAAAAUUAAGUCAAAACAUAUCUUACGAUAUAAAAGCGAAAUGCAAAAAGGGGGAUUACUCUAAAACACAAGGCAGAAUUUCUUAUAAAGAACUAGAUGAAAAAUGUGAACAAGGACGCUACUAUUGUCUUGAGCAUAAUGUUACACAUAGUAGGAUUGAUGUAGAUAGUACCUGGUUUCAGUAUGCUGACAAACAUAUGCAAUCAAUCCUAGUCUGGUACAAAGAUGGAAAUUGGCCGAGAGAUACUAAAGGAACUUACAAACUCAAAUUUCGAAUUAAAUCAUACAACGACACGAAACCAAAGUAUAGGACUUAG